GAGUCGCCUUGGCCACCCGCACCGAAUGAUCUGCGUGCUCGCAAGCCUCGAUCCACCUCAGGGCUUUCCAUUAUACCAAAACCGGCACUCAAAAAAGCCAAAAAGUACAUGUUUACGACUAAAAUUGUUUGUUAUAUUUGUGAAUGGAAAUAGCCCAGGCAUCUUUUGGUGUCGGAGAUUGUUUUGGAGACUUUUUAGACCGAAAAAAAGAUGGAUAUCUUCCCUCGGACAUUGGUCCUACUUCUGUGUUUGGCGGGCUCAGGACGAGCCGUGUUCACCAGAAACCAAACUGACCGUUGCUGCCCGGACGCUUGCUGCAAUGGAAUCAUGUUCGGUGGUCUGACGGGAAAUGCUCCCGAGUUUUUGCCUAAGAACUGCCAGGACAUCCGGGAAAUCGGCGGCGGCAAAAAUGGUCUGUACACCAUUUAUCCUACCAAUAUCGAAAGCUGUGAUGGAGUCAGGGUAUACUGCGACCAGUCGACAGACGGUGGCGGCUGGACGGUGAUCCAGCGCCGCAUGAACGGCUGGGUGGACUUCAACCGAGGGUGGGACGAGUACCGUGACGGCUUCGGUUACCUGACGGGGGAGUUCUGGCUGGGGCUGGACAUCAUCCACCACAUCACCACACAGUCCACGUCGGAAAUGGUCAUCUAUAUGGAGGAUUGGCUCAACACUAUCGCCAGGGUUCAGUACUGGAACUUCUGGGUGGGAGACGAGGCUUCGAACUACACGCUCAGCGUCAAGAACUUCGAUAUCGGCAGUGAUGUCCCCGACGGUUUGAGAGUCCAUCAUGGCAUGAAGUUCUCCACUUUCGACCGCGACAACGACCGUUUUCUCGGCAACUGCGCCGUGGACUACACGGGGGCCUGGUGGUACAACGCCUGCCUGGAAUCCAACCUGAACGGCCAGUACCUGCGGGGAAACAACCCGGCCGCCUACGGGCAAGGCGUCGUCUGGACACCCUGGACUGGCUACACCUACUCGCUGAAAACUGUAGUCAUGAUGGUCCGGCCCGUGCAGUAAAAACCAGGAUUUUAUUUUUGGAUUCCACGUAAAAACUUGGGUUGUUUGGAAAUCCUCUCUGCUCAUGCGCACUUUGCUUGAGUUCAUUGCCAGAAUCGAUUUGCCUGAGAUCACAGAUUAUUCUUAUUUUAUUGAAAUUUUUUUUAGGGUAAAACAAGUUUGUAAAAUACAAAACAAAGCUAGCCACUUAAUGUAUAGAUGCCUGAAACUUGUAUCAGGAAUUGUUAUAAAUUUGUCCAAGGAAUAACAAAAAUACUGAAGUUAUUUUGACCCAACGUCUUCCCUAUAUCACACGACGAGCAAUUGACGAAUCACACCGACAAGAAUGAUGUAUUUUCAUUGUCGAACUUCAGUCCACUUUAGGCGAUCAUUUGACUACUCAUCAACUCCUAAAGACACUGUGUUCGUGAAUUCUGUUUUGAGAUAAAAAAAACAAACAAUGAUGUCUACAAAGGUUUUACAUAUGGAAUGACAGACCUACCUUUUUUUAUUUUAGAGUAGCCACAAUUCACAUGUUUUUAUUUAGUACGUUUGCAGUGUAUAAUGUUCUUGUAACUGUAAAUUUCAAUAUAAUAUUGUUUGAAAAAUUGGACAAAAAAUGCUCGUGCAAUGAAAUAAAAUGAAUUAAAGAACUAA